AUGUCAACGCUAAUUUCGGACCCAUUAGAUAUUAUGAAGAACAAGGAAGCACAUCAGCUCUACGAGCAAAAGGGGUUGCUGCCGGAGUCCAACCAGCUAGACGUUUUGCCAAAUCACAUGGAGCUUUGCCACAAACAUUGGCCGGACAACUUUGAAGCACUCUACGAUAUCGGAGCAAAAGCCUUCGAGACAUUUUUAAUUGAUCGUGACCAUCUAACAAAACUAUUCAACGUGGAACAAGUGAAAAGUGAUUCCUGGAAACAACAUUUUGUUCUGGACCGAUGUGUGCUUCAUAUGCUCCAAAUGUUUCAUGAGACUAUAUCUAGUUAUCAUAACGGCACUGUUGAUGAGGAAUUUUAUAGAAAGCUUCAUGUUUUUGGAGGACGGUACAGGUCGUUGGCGCCGUUGGUGGCUGUUGAGGAGUACUUUCAUUUGUUCAAUUUAUGGGCGGAGAAACAUAUUGACUUCAUUUCUCUCACAUGCUACGAAGGUCCAGUAUGCAAUAAUGACAAGAAAAUCAUAGAAAGUGUCUGGAAAAAGAUUAUACAAAGUAUCAAAAUUCAUUUUGUGUACGGUUGGCACCACAAGAAGUACACAAUGACCAGAGAGGAAAUGGAAUAUUUUCACAAGGACAAAACUGUCGCUGAACCGACCAGAUCGAGACUUAUCACAAAACUAGCACGUCUGAUGAGCAGGGAGAGUUUCAGUGACGCUAGCAUUGAGGAGAAGGCGUCUCCGACAAGGAAGCUGUCGCAUGGUAGUUUACAAACGUCGGCGCCCGGGCCAUCCAGAAUCACGGUACCAACACGUUCCACUCAACUUCGAAUCAACACUUCACACUCCCGCGAGGAAGACAUUGACGAGUCGGCUCCUAUUGAAAUUUGUGACAUUAGUUUGGAUUUUGUGAAUAAGCCUGAUGAGUAUUCUCCGAUUAAUGUUUCUAGACAUUUUUGAAUAAGUUACUUGAGUUUUUUUUCAAAAUUAAAAUAUUUCACUUCGGGCAGUGACUAAGAAACAUUUAGCAAAAAAAUGUUUGCACUAAACAAAAAAUGUUUGCACUGACCAAAAAAUGUUUGCACUGACAAAAAUGUAAUUUGCUGGGUUCAUUAACAUUUAGUUUAGAGUUUUCCUAUUUAUCAAUAACCUUAUACUCAAAUUUUGUUAACAAAACGUGAAAGUUUUCAAUUGAACAAUUAUACAAAACAGUUUUGUUAAACCUUCGUGCAAUAAUUUGAAUAACAUUUAUUUCAUUUUUUAAUUAUAAUGUAUAUUUGAUCACUAAUAAAGAUAUCC